AUGUCCGGCCCCUAUUCCACCGACUUCUCUUUUCUCGACGGCCCCCGGGCCCCGUAUAUCUUCGAGGAUAAUUUCAACCAGAGCGUACCCCCCUCCUUCGUUGACCAGUACCAGUAUGAACAGGCACCGAGCGCAUCCCAACCCCUAUACCACCCUCAGAACCACCAAGAACACCCUCUGGCCGAGCCGCCUCUGGCCCACGACGGUCUCCCCGUCGCCAAGCGUCUCCGAUCCAGCACCCGCAGGCAACGCCACACCGCCCCCUGGGCCGGAUUCCUGACGGCUUCCCGCUCGACGACCCCGGACUGUGAACCGCCCUACCACGCGCGCAUCUUCAGUCCCGACUCCCUCCCGGGCGGCUUCUCCGACGUCCUCUCGUUGUCCCUCCCGAUCCCGGACCCCGUCGGCCCCGAGGAGCGGUUCCACCGCCAGCACGAGAUCAGGCACAUCUUCGCGACGACCAAGUCGACGACCCUCCCACCUCCCUCGCCGUUCGUCAAGCGUCCGAGCCCGUCCGCCGCGCCCGACUCCCCCACGGACGUCUACCGCAUCCGGGCCCCGCCGGCGCGCAUCAGCAUCCUUCCGAUGCAGCCCAAGCGGUCCCUGGGCGUCUUCGUCCCCGUCGCCGACACGACCGCGGGCGCCGAGCGCGAGGCGGCGGUGGCGCACAACAACAAACUCGCGGCCGCGCGCCUCGACGACCUGAAGCGGCGCAACAACGCCGCGGCGCUGCGGAGCCGCAGCCGCAAGGAGCGCGCCGUCGCGUGCCGCACCGAGGAGCUCUCGCGCGCGACGGCCCAGAUGAACUGGUGGAAGGCGCGGGCCGUGUCGCUCGGGGCGCACGCGGGCGAGUGGGACGCCCUGCCGGCGCGGGCGGUGCGCGAGGCCCUCGUGGCGGACUACCGGGUCGACGUCACGGACUUCAGCCGCGACGGGCCCGACGAGUUGGGGAUCACCAAGACGGCGGCGGCCAAGCGGAAGAAGAGGAAGGCGGCGGUGACGGCGUGAGGAAGGGCGUUUGGCGGGCUUGCUGGGCGGAGCUGAAAAGGGGGCGGGGUUGAGAGAGCUGAGGUUGGUCCCCUUUCCGUUCUUGUCGGGAUAUCGAUAUGUUUCGGCCGCCUUUUUGAUUUGCCUUGAAGGGAGGGAAAGAUCAAUGCCAGUUAAUGAUGGGAAGUUUUUUAUAAAGAUCCGUAAGGGAACAAGUUGGAAAAUCGGCGUUAGUUCAUGAAGAAACUAGUUUUGAAGCAGACUACAUGCGCCAUGAAUGCUCACGUUGACUAUGGU